AUGCUAACACGGCGCGUGGCUGGCCCUGCCCAGCAGGUGGGCCUCGCGAUCUGGGCCAGGGCUGCUGGCACCCUGGCCCCUCCCCGGAAUACCGAGUUUGCCCUUCUUCAGGACAGCGACCUUGCUGUGUUCGACAGUAUCUUGGGAUCCGGGGGUGUGAUCACCGAUCCGCAUGAGGUCGAUCCGUAUAAUAGGGACUGGAUGGGAAAAUACCGCGGCCGGGGUCGGUGCGUGCUGCGCCCGCGCUCCACGGCCCAGGUCUCGGCCCUGCUGCGCCACUGCUCCGCGCGGCGCCUGGCGGUGGUGCCCCAGGGUGGCAACACGGGGCUGGUGGGCGGCUCCGUGCCCGUGCACGACGAGGUGGUGCUCAGCACAGGCCUCAUGACCACGCUGCUAGGGUUUGACCCCGGCUCGGGCGCGCUUACCGCGCAGGCGGGCGCCGUGCUGGCGACCCUGGAGGCCGCGGCACGGGAGCGCGGCCACGCCAUGCCCCUGGACCUAGGGGCCAGCGGGUCCUGCGCCAUCGGCGGCAACGUGGCCACCAACGCGGGCGGCAUCCGCCUGCUGCGCCAUGGGCCCCUGCACGGCUCGGUGCUGGGCCUGGAGGUGGUGCUGGCCGGGGGCCAGGUGCUGGACCUGCUCAGCAGCCUGCGCAAGGACAACACGGGGUACGACCUCAAGCAGCUGUUCAUCGGCAGCGAGGGCACGCUGGGCGUCAUCACCGCCGUCGCCAUCCAGUGCCCCGCCGCCAGCCCCGCCACCAGCCUGGCCUACCUGGCAGUGCCCUCCUUCAAAGCAGCGCAGCAGGCACAUGGGGUACUGCAAGCGGCCCGCCAGAACCUGGGCGAGCUCCUCUCGGCCUUUGAGUUCCUUGACCGGGAGUCGCUGGAGGUGGCCAAGCAGUUCCUGCCGGGGGCGAGGGAUCCGCUCCCCGGCUCGGAUACCGUAAUCCCUUACACGGCGCAGGCACCCUUCUUCCUCGUGGUGGAGAUUGCUGGGAGCAGCGAGCAGCACAAUGCCGCAAUGCUGGAGGCCUUCCUGGAGUCGACCAUGGGCGAGGGGCGGGUGCUGGACGGGGUCGUGGCGCAGGACUCCCGCCAGGCUGGCGAGAUCUGGGCGCUGCGGGAGGGCAUCACGGAAGCCCUCAGGCACCGAGGGGCCAUCUACAAGUACGACCUGUCGUUCAGAGUGGAGGAGAUGUAUGGCGUCGUGGGUGCGGCGCGGGAGCGCCUGGCCUCGGCCUACCCAUCAGGCUUCCUGGGCGGCGGCGCGGGCUCGACAGCAGGCUCUGACACCGAGCACGCGCUCAAGGUGGUGGGUUACGGGCACCUGGGGGACGGCAAUGUCCACCUGAACAUCUCGGCCCCGCGCUACGAUGCCGGGCUGGAGGCCCUGAUAGAGCCAUGGGUGUACGAAUUCACCGCCGCCCAUAGCGGCUCCAUCAGCGCCGAGCACGGGCUGGGUCGCAUGAAGGCGCCCUGCAUCGGCUACUCCAAGCCGCCGGAGGCGGUGCGCCUGAUGCGCAGCAUCAAAGCCGCCUUCGACCCGCAGGGCAUCUUGAACCCCUACAAGGUCCUGCCACCGGAGUGA